AUGACUAAAACAUACACCAUUAAAGAUAAAAACUUCGAAGUGAAAUUCGUGGUUGAUGAACGCUACAAAGUUGUUGAAAACAUCGGAUGUGGAGCUUACGGGAUUGUCUGCUCGGCGCUCGAUGCAAAGACGCACGAGAAAGUUGCAAUUAAAAAGAUUCCUAAAGCUUUAGAAGUUUUGACGAUUGCUAAAAGAACAUACCGGGAAUUGCGGAUAUUGAAACAUUUUAAUCAUGAUAAUAUUAUUGCAAUCAGAGACAUCUUACGCCCGCCUGAGGAUUUGUCGUCAUUUAAUGAUGUCUAUGUUGUUUUUGAUAUGAUGGAGACAGACUUACACCGCAUUAUACAUUCUGAUCAACCUCUCACGGACGAACACAUACGUUAUUUUUUAUAUCAAAUUCUUAGAGGUCUCAAGUAUAUACACUCGGCAAAUGUGCUUCAUCGAGACCUGAAGCCGAGCAAUCUAUUGGUCAAUGAGGAUUGCGAACUGAAAAUCGGUGACUUUGGAAUGGCCCGCGGGUUGGACUCCUCACCGACAGAACAGAAGAGGGUUAUGACGGAAUAUGUGGCAACGCGGUGGUAUAGAGCUCCUGAGCUGAUGCUGUCUCUCAGCGAGUAUUCCCAAGCGAUGGACAUUUGGUCUGUUGGAUGCAUCUUUGCCGAGAUGUUGGGAAGAAAAGCGUUGUUCCCUGGGACAAAUUAUCUUAAUCAACUGCAGGUAACCAUUUUUUUGUAAUAUAACAGUGUAGGUCAGGGCUUGAAAUAACAACCAAUGGGUCAUUCCAGAAAACAGCCAUACCACCCCCACGGAGGAAAUAGGAAGUUAACCCCCCUACCCCCUUCGGAUGUCCUAAUACAUUUACUAUUAUCAGAAACAAUUUUUUCUCCCCUCCCCUUCCGGACGGCAGAAAUUUCCUCCGUGGGGGGAGUGUGGAUCUUUUCUGGAACGACCCAAUCAAUGGUCGGCAAGAAAUUGUUUGUGAUCAGUGGAAAAGCAGGCUUUCCAACCUGAAAAAGCAGGAAAAGUCAUGACUGCUGAUCACCAUGAUCGAGAAGUUUGGGAACGUUAUUUCAAACCCUGAUAGGUAGUGCCAAUAAUUGGUUAUUAUAGAUUUCUUAAUAUUUACUAGGAAAAUACCAUUAAUUAGUGAUAAAUGUUAGACAUAGUUUUUACCAAUUUAUCAUAUAGGAAAUCUAUAAUGACCAAUUAUGGUAAGAUUUCAGUUUUUAUAUUGAUGGUAUACAUAGGAAAUCUUUAACUCAUUGAGUCGCAUUGCGCCCUGAUGCACCCUACUUUAUUAUUUUACUCUGUCUAACGCCAGACGAUUUUACUCGUCAAGGGGAGAGCGCUGACACUUCAUGGGUUAACUGGCCUAUCUGUCCAUGUGUCUAGUUAACCCAUUGAGUCACAUUGUGCCCUACCUUAUUAUUUUACUCUGUCUAGUGCCAGAUGAUUUUUCUCUGUCUAAUCUGGAUGAUGUUACCAGGGUUCAAAAUAAAAAUCUCAAAUAUUGAAAUUUUUGUAGGCUUUUUUGUACAUGUACAUUUUUUUACCGGCUGUUUUCAUCUUUGACAACGAGAGUGUUAGCGUGCACCGUUAGACACGAGGGUUACCAGGAAAGCCUUGAAAUUUUGGGCAAGUUACAAAAUGCCAAAUAUUAUCUUUUAAUUUUCAUUUUACAACAUUUUACUUUUUUUUUAUUUAUUUUUUUAUUUUUUUUUAUUUUACUUUUUUUUAACAUUUUUAUUUUACUGAACCUCUAGCGACACACUUAAAAAAAAAUCAAAUAGUUAUUGACCAAUAACUGAAAUGCAAAAAAAUCACCUUUCCCGUUUAAAAAUCGCCGGUAGGUGUCGUGAAAAUGCCGGCUGUAGCCUGCAGCCGGCCGCUAUUUUGAACCCUGUGUUACUCGUAAAGGGGAGAGCGCUAACGCUUAAUGGGUUAGUGGAAGUUUAAAUAUUUUUCCUGUGAAUGCAACUACCUUCAGGAAAGUACAAGCAGAAACUUUGACAUUUCAAAGUAAGUUACCAACAAAGCGCCUUCUCUCGAAACAUCAAAGUUUCUCCUUGUAUUUUUCAGGUAAUUGUAUCCCUAUCAAUCCAAAGCUUUCAUCUUAUUAUAAUGCUGUAUUUUUCUCUUUUUGUGAAAUGCAGUUAAUUCUCAGUGUGGUUGGGACUCCAUCCCAAGACUUCUACCAGAGAAUGGGUGCAGAACGUGUAAAGACGUACAUCAGUAAAUUGCCAAAUAAACAAGCCGUGCAGCUUGACAAGAUCUACAGCAAAGCAAGCCCGGUUGGCUUAAAACUUCUCGGCCAAAUGUUGAAGUUGGAUCCGCUCGAGAGGAUAACGGCCGCAAAGGCGCUGGAGCACGAGUAUUUAGAGAACUAUCAUGAUAUAGACGAUGAGCCAGUGUGUUUUUCACCAUUUGAUUUCUCAUUUGAUCAACACAAUGUGAGCAAGGAGUCUUUGAAGAUGAGCAUUGUUCAAGAAAUUGAGUGUUACACAGUGGAUGUUGUGCAGCCAUUGGAGAUUAACACAUGUAGACGUACUGAAAAACAAGAUUCUGGUAAGACUCGUGCUUAAGUAGCAAUCAGUAACAUUAAAGUAAUUCAAUCGAGUGUUGCAGAGUGUGUAUAGUUGCAUUUGUCUUAGCUGCUCCUGCUUAGGUCUAAUUCAAUUAAUGCAGGCCUUAAAAUAUCUUUUACAGGGUCGUCUGACAAAUUGUCCGGUGACGUUGAGUUUAGGUCGGACAUAUGUCCGAUGACCUUCAGUUCAGUUUGACUCGGAAAUAAGUCUGAAUGUCACAAAUGAAUAUCAGCAUAAUGUAUUAAUUCUGAACGGUAAAUGUUGUAAAGAUAUUAAAUAAUUUGUUUCUUUCAUACUUAUUCCCAAGCCAAAAUUAACUUGCUUGCCAGAACAGCAGUAUUAAAAAAGACUUCAACAACUUAAGCCCGUUUUCCACUUCACCAUUUCGCUCGCCGGCCCACGCUCGACUACGUUAAAACAACAUUUCCAGUUCACCUUUUAUACAAUAGUACUCUGGUUUUCCAUUUAACAUACAAGCCUCUACUCCUGGGCUAGGGUACAUUUUGACUUACGUCGGACAAAGCUACAGUUCGGUCGGACACCAAUACACUCGGGUCGGACAAACAAUAAACCUCAGUUUCACUUUUGUCGGACAGAAUGUCCGGUGGUUUCCUCUCUACGUCGGACAAUUGUACAAAUGGGUCGGACAAUGUCCGUGACCGACCGAUAUUUUAAGGCCUGAUUAAUGUAUAAAAUUUACCCUCAAAAUUUCCGUCCCCAAAGUCUUUCAACAGCACAUUUCAGCAGUUUCAACUUAGAAAGAAACUCUGGCCUGAUUAUGUUUGUUUUUAUUUAUCAGCAAAUCGUCCACUGGCGUCAUCCUCCCAGUCUGAAGACAACAACAUUAUCAAGAGAGCUGAACCUGACUUGAAACGAAAACAAAAACCGGACGACACUUCUAAACACAAACGCAGUAAAAAGAAAGGACAAAAACGAAGCAAAACAAUGGUGGAUAAAAAGGAGAAGAGCAGUGCCUCGGAGCUUAGCGAGAGCGAUAGACAACUCCUGGAUAGAUGGAAAGACAUGCAAAAGAAAACAAAACCUUUUAUACAUCCAAUUAGGAAACAUAUGGAGGAAAUUAAAGCGUUGAAAGAGCAGCAAGAAGGGGUCGACGAACAUGAAGAAAACUUAGAUGAAAAAGGUGAAGAACAAAUGUCAACCAGUGGAGUACAGUAUCAUUUUACAAACUAUGUUUCUGAGAAAGGCGAUGGUGAAUCUCUGAAAGCAGUUAAAGAACCUGCAGUUGUUGAUCGUGGUCCAACGGUUAUGUUUCCACAAAACUUGUUAGGUACGUCUUGGUCUUGUGUGCAAUUCGGUUUUUUUUAUAAGAAAUAUAUACAGGGGUAUAUAUCGGAUAAAAACAAUGUCUUUUCUCCAUACCUAAUUUUAAGAAUUUUUUAUCACUGCACAUUUUAUGCCAAAAAUUUCCGAAUGACUAAGAAAAUUUCAGAAUAUUCGGAAAUUUUUGGCGACCCCCCCCCGGUCGCCAAAAAAAUUUUGGUCAGUGUACCAUUUUAAGGGUCAAAAAAUUUUUCCGGACAUACCAAAAGCCAGAUAUCUCAUGAUUUUCGUACAAAAAACAUAUACUAUUAUUUAAUUCGCUAAUUUGGCAGUCAUCAUUUCAAUUUCAAUUGAAUCAUUCUCUUGUGUUAAUUAACAACUUAUCAAAGCAAAUUUUAUCACUGCACAUUUUACAUUUUAUCACUGCACAUUUUACUUUUAUCACUGCACAAAUUGGUUAUCACUGCACACUAAAAUUAGGUAUGCUUUUCUCAUGUGAAACUUCAACGUUUAUGAACAGUGACUUGAUGCAAUACAUAAAUAGUUAUUAUACAUAUUGGGGGGGGGGGGUAUUAGAGUGUGUGUGUAUGGGGGGUAUUAGAGGGUGUGGGGGGGGGGGUUGCAAAACCUUCAAAUGCUCACUAGAAACGCAAAAGUUUCAGUUAUAAUAAACAAUGUUUUUAUCCAAGAUUGUCAUCACUAUUAGUCAGUGAUAUUCCUUGUAUUGGUUGCAAUAUUCGUUCUACAUAAACCCCUAUACAUUUUUAUAUUUUUAUAGGCAUCACUGGUAAUAUUCCUAUAACCCAAGGACUAAUGGCUAUUGGUCAGAAAACAACAUCAGAUGACAUAGCAGUGGAGAACAUGCUCAUACCAUCACAUACACACCUCCCAGAGACAUUCACCAACAUUUCAUUGUUGAAUCAAACACAAGCAACUGAAACAAGAAAUCAACCUGUUCAGCCUACUGUAGCAAGUACUGAACAAAAUAUUGCUGUUGCAAACACUUGUCCUGGUGAACGAGACGGAACAUCUUUGCUGCCCGAAGAAGAGCCAAUCAGCAACACCGUGUCAGCUGGACAACGAGCUAUUUUGAGUAACAUUCAAAACACAGGUCAACCACAACAGCCUGUCCAAAAACUGACUGGGAAAAUAAUAUCCCAUAGAAAUGAUGUUCCUGACGUUUGUGCUCAAGCCACAAAUUCUGGUGAAUUUCAAGAUACCAGUUCCAUUUCACAAAACCAGCCGAGUCUACCACAACCACCCACACUGUCCAUGGCGGACCAAGCUUCCCUAUUGUUUGAAGGCAUACAAUCCUCACAAUACUCGGGUAAAAAUCAGGUGCAAACUCCAACAGUUCUCGGUAAUUAUUAUAACGUGCAAAAUGACUGUGAUCACGUGCAAGAUGACAGAAAUCACGUGCAAAGUAACAGAGAUCACGUGCCAUGUGACAGAAAUCUGGUGUCAAAUAACAGUGAACAUAUGCCACGUGACCAAGAUCGCGGGCAAAGUGACAUAAAUAACAUUACAAAUGAGGGAAAUCACGUGCAAACUCACACGAGUGGUGAAAAUUUUGAUCUGGUUACUAGCACUGCACACGUGAAUAGAAGUCAUAAUCACGUGCCAUCAAUUCUUGGAAUUCCUAAUCAUCCCCAAGUGAAUGUGACAUCUCUAGGAAACUUGAACAGAGGUAAAUCCCACGUGCCAGGUCGAUCGACCUUUGUCAGUUCUAUGAAUGAAUCACGCAGCAUUGUCACGAAUUCUCACGUGAACAUAGGUAAAAGUCACGUGGUAGGCAGCUCUACAUUUGCAGCUUCUAUCAAUGAAUCGCACAGAAACGACAUCUCUCAAAAGAACUCUCACGUGUACAGCAGAAACACGCCCCAACAAGAUGACGUGAUCCCCUCAAGCAAUGAAGCAUCUUCUGUCAAUAACCUGACAGAUUCCAUCGGACAACGACCAUUCAAUCUUAUUGAUUUCAUUUCAAAUAAUUUCUCCGAUAGAAGUUGUGGUAUUUUACCGACAGAUGUGAACAGCAACCAGGAAACGACGGCAGAUAUUUUAGCCAAUAAAGCAGCGCAAGAUGGCCAGACAGCGUUGUUGGAAAAUAUCAUGGGCUUCAAGGAAACUGCUUCGGAGUCAAUGACCUUACCUCUCACCCCAAAAGGCUCGUGUGGUUCUGGCUAUGGUCUAGGUCUGGACGUUGAUGAGUUCUUGAACAGCGAGGAUGGUCAGAGAAUGUAAGUUUGCGUGAGAAUUUAAGAAUGCUCUCUAGAGAGAACAGUUUAGAACUGGUAGAACUAUCCAGUAUAAAUAAAGUUAGUUUAGUUUAGGUUUCCUCCUGUAGUAACACUGGAUCAAUAAGAGGUGAUCCUUACUGGACCUCUAGAGAGAACAGUUUAGACUUUAGAAUUAACACAGCUACGUAGUUUAGUUUUAAUUAUUCUUUAAUUAUCUUAUCUUAUCUUAUCUUAUUCUUUGAUCAUUUUAGAUUCCGAUGUCUUCGUGACCCAAGCAAUCUAGACACCAGUCCUCCACUCUCAGCUUCGCUGUUGAACGCUUGGUUACCGGGAAAUGUAAUUGAUCCGAUUGACGUCACAGAAAUACAGAAUGAGCUGGAGUCAGCGUCGUUAUUAGCGUUGUUCGAAGCUGGAAAUGGGACGUGA